AUGGGAGACAAUUCCAUCAGAGAAGUGACUGGCUAUGUCUUGGUAGCGCUGAAUCAGUUUGAAUACCUUCCUUUGGAAAAUCUGCGGAUCAUUCGUGGAACAAAACUAUAUGAAGACCGCUCAGCACUGGCCAUCUUCCUCAAUUACAAAAAAGAUGGGAGUUUUGGACUGAGGCGGCUUGGGCUGAAGAAUUUGACAGAAAUCUUAAAUGGAGGCGUGUAUGUUGGCCAGAACAGAUUUCUUUGCUACGCAAACACCAUUCAGUGGGAAGAUAUUGAUCGCAACCCUAUAGCUUCCAAUUUCUCUGUGGUUCCAAAAAACAGUAGCACAGAUUGUGGACAGUGUCACAAAUCCUGUGGAAAUCGAUGUUGGGGACCUUCAGCAGAUGAGUGCCAGAGUUUAACGAAAGUGGUGUGUGCAGAGCAGUGUGAUGGGCGAUGCUAUGGACGAUCGGUCAGCGAAUGUUGUCAUCGAGAAUGUGCAGGAGGCUGUUCCGGACCUAAAGACACUGACUGCUUCGCCUGCAUGAACUUUAACGACAGUGGCGCCUGUGUCACCCAAUGCCCACAGACUUCAGUCUACAAUCCUGCCACCUUCCAGAUGGAAACCAAUCGAGAUGGCAAAUAUACUUAUGGCGCCUUUUGUGUCAAAAAGUGUCCACACAACUUUGUGGUUGAUAUCAGCUCGUGUGUACGUGCCUGUCCGAGUCCCAAGAUGGAAGUAGAGGAAAAUGGAAUUAAAACAUGUAAACCAUGCACUGACAUUUGCCCUAAAGCUUGUGAUGGCAUAGGUACAGGAAGUUUGAUGUAUGCUCAAACUGUGGACUCCAGUAACAUUGAUAAAUUUAUCAACUGCACCAAGAUCAAUGGGAACUUGAUCUUCCUUGUCACUGGAAUUCAUGGGGAUCCAUAUCACACAAUUGAAGCGAUUGACCCACAGAACUUACAUGUCUUCCAAACAGUGAGAGAGAUAACAGGAUUCCUGAAUAUACAAUCCUGGCCUGAAAAUAUGACAGAUUUUAGUGUGUUUUCAAAUCUGGUAACUAUUGGUGGAAGAGCACUAUACAGUGGUCUCUCCUUGCUUAUUCUCAAGCAGCAAGGAAUUCGAUCUCUCCAGUUCCAGUCCCUGAAGCACAUCAGUGCUGGGAAUGUCUACAUAACUGACAACAGUAACUUAUGCUACUAUCAUACUAUCAACUGGACUAGCCUCUUCAGCUCACCUAACCAGAAAACUGUCAUCCACAGAAAUAAGAGGGCUGAGAACUGCACUGCAGAAGGGAUGAUAUGCAGCCAUUUAUGCUCAAAAAAUGGAUGUUGGGGGCCUGGGCCAGAUCAGUGUUUAUCAUGUAAACACUUCAUCAGAGGGAAAACCUGUGUAAAGUCUUGUCACCUUUAUGAAGGGGAAUACAGAGAGUUUGCAAAUGGUUCAAUUUGUGUGGAAUGUGAUCCGCAGUGUGAGAAGAUGGAUGGAAACAGAAUAACUUGCAGGGGGGUUGGACCAGAUCAUUGUACCAAAUGCUUUCACUUUAAAGAUGGCCCCAAUUGUGUUGAAAAAUGUCCUGAUGGUGUACAAGGGACAAAUAGUUUCAUAUUCAAGUUUGCAGAUGAGGAUCGUGAAUGUCGUUCUUGUCACCCAAAUUGUACCCAAGGGUGUAGAGGCCCCACUAGGCAUGACUGCAUUUACUAUCCGUGGACACGCCAGUCCACGUUAUUCCAGCACGCUAGAACCCCCCUGAUUGCCGCAGGAGUGAUCGGAGGACUCUUCAUCGUCGUCAUUUUGGGCCUCACGUUUGCCGUUUACGUGAGGCGUAAGAGCAUUAAAAAAAAGAGGGCUUUACGGAGGUUCCUGGAGACUGAGCUGGUAGAACCUUUGACUCCUAGUGGCACAGCACCCAACCAGGCACAACUUCGCAUUUUGAAGGAAACUGAGCUAAAGCGUGUCAAGAUCCUUGGAUCGGGGGCCUUUGGGACUGUCUAUAAGGGCAUUUGGGUUCCUGAGGGAGAGAGUGUAAAGAUUCCUGUAGCGAUUAAAAUACUGAAUGAGACAACUGGUCCAAAGGCUAACGUGGAGUUUAUGGAUACCUAUCUUUUCAAUGUCCUUAACCACGCAAGGCUCCCACCACAUCAUACCAAUCAUUUGAUCCACAAGGGAGAAGCAGAGGCAUUCUCUGCAAUUAUCAAUACAAUACAAUAG